AUGAAUUUGAGACGAACAUUAUCCAGAGCUCCGACUUUUGCAUCUAUAUCAUUAGAAUAUAGGAAAACUAUUGGCCAUAAAUUUAGGGAUUUAAUAGCAACAUGUGAUAAAUCUAUUAGCCCUAUCAAGAAGUAUAUUUUUCCAAACUUUAUUGCCGUUCACUAUUUCUAUAUUUUAAUGUUAACAAUCCUUACUUCAAUUAUGAUAUACCCAGUAGGUGGUCAUAAAUAUAUCGAUAUUUUAUUUUUAUCGACAGGUGCAACAACUCAAGGUGGACUAAACACAGUGGAUGUUAAUUCUUUAUCUUUAUACCAACAAAUGAUUCUCUAUAUAUCAUGUACUUUUGCUACUCCAAUAUUUAUCCAUGGAUUUUUAGCAUUCGUAAGAUUAUAUUGGUUUGAAAGAUAUUUUGAUGACAUUAAAGCAACUUCGAAACGAGAUUUCAGAUUAAGGAGGACAAAAACCAUUCUUGAGAGAGAGUUAACUGCAAGAACAAUGUCACAAAAUAGAAAUAGAACAUUUAGUAAAUUUGGCACACGUACACUUACCAGAGGACGAUCUGGUAAUUCAAGAAGUGAAGAUUUCCAGGAAAAAUUAUUUAGUGGUGAAAUGGUUAAUAGAGAUGAAUUUCAAACGAGAGAUAAAUAUCAUGAAAAUGAAGAAAAUGAACACAUUCAUAUUCGAUCACGUAAUCCAGGUGGUAUUGUCUUUGAAGAAAAUCAUCCUAUUAGAAGAAAUAGAAGAACAGGUGAACAAUUUGAAGGUAGAAGAAAUUCUACAGAAAUCACACCUGCUGAUAUGUAUAGAUCAAUACAAAUGAUGCAAAACCAGCACCAUGAUAAUGAUGAAGAAGAUGGUCCCGCAUUGGUAAUCAAAUCUCCAACAGAGAAUAAUAGGUUUAAUAACAGCGAUAUCAGUCUCAACCGAGUACAUUCUGUUGUAUAUGAAGAUAGUGGUUCUACUGCUGAUAAUAUUAGGGAGGGCUCUGAAGAGGACGAAGAACAAGAAGAGGAUAAUUCUGAAGAUAUGUCUAGCAAUGAAAAUGAGGAAGAAAUGGAUGACAUAUCCAUCGUCAGUGAACUGUCGAUUCCAAGACGCUCAUUUGAUAGUAACAACCAUCUAUAUAAUGAUGCUGAUGCUGAUGCUGAUAUAUCUUUUUCCACAAAUACUUUUGAAGCUUCUUCAUUGGUACAUCUUGCUGAUGAAAGUGAUAAUACUAAUCAAUCUUCCAGACACUUUCUGGUUAACAAUAACCAUGAUAUAUCGGAUGAUGAUGCAGAUGAAGAGGAAGAAGAUGAUGACGAAGAAGAAGGGGAUGGUGAUGAUAAUGAAGAGGAAGACAACAUAGGCGACGAGUUAAGCAACGAAGAAAUUAGUAAGACUCUCAAUAAUACAUCGGGCGAAGAAGAAGGUGCCCUGGCAGAUGAAGAUGUUACCAUAGGUGGAUAUACGUCAGGAUCUAUCCAAUCCAUCUUGAGCAGGGGCCUAGAACCUUUGUCGAAUUAUUCCCGGAAUGACUCUUUGGGUGAUGCCCAUUCUAAUAUAAGUAGUAUAAAUUUUGGAUCUGAGUCAAAUAGCUACACAAAUUCGACUAAUAUACCUAGCAGUUCCAUUACAUCAUCUGAACAUAGCAAGGAUCAGGCAUCACAAUUGGAUGCUGGCCCAGCAGUUACAUUUGCAUCGAAUGUAGCCAGACCUAACCGAAGAAAUAUUGAACAGUAUACACCUACUGCAAUUAGAAAUAAUGGUCCUUCUAUUCAGUUCGAUGUUUCUGAACCUCCUAGUACUCGCAGAAGACGUCUUUCUAGCAGAAAUCAUGCCACUGACGCAUAUAUUAGUCCAACCAGAGGGAAACAUAAGAAAAAAUCGUCCAAGGGGCUGUUUAAAAGAAUUCCUAAAGGUGGUAAAAUCCAAAGGCGACUUAAGAAACGAUUUACAAAUAAUUCAUUCGAAACGCCAUCCCACAUAAAGAAAUCUAAACAUACCUCAAUGUCUGAAAAUAAUGGAAGGCUACAUUCCAAUACAGAUGAUAUGGAUGAGUAUUUUGCGGAUAAUGAGUCUGAUGAGAAUAUUCCUCAUCGUGCAGAACAAGACUACAGUUACAGUACCGAUGCGGAAGAUGAAGAAUACGAUUUUUUUUCAGGCCUCCAGCAAUCUCAAUCAUUUGAUUUCGACAAUGUUAAUUCUGAUCUUUCUUACCUAGCUAAAAAACGUGAUUUUCAAGAUGCUGUUUAUAAAAACUGGAAAGCUGGCCACAAAGGUAAAAAUAAAUUUAGUAGAAACUGGAAUCCUUCAGAGCGUGCCCAAUUCUUACAUCCCAUAAGAACAAUGACUCAAGAGUUUGGCCUAAAUCAAGAACAAGAUUAUGAUACUCAUGGAAAACAAAAUUACAGAAGAGCCAGAAGACCGACAUCUGUGAGAACACAAAGUAAUACAGAUGAUGAUUUUAAUUUUCCUUCUAGAAGAAUGAGUAUUGCUGAUACAGAACAAGGUGAUUAUACGUUACAUUUUGACCAUGAUUUUAAUCUAGCACAUCCCAAUAGAGCCUUAAGGAGGAGAAAAAGUUAUUUAUCCUAUACACCAACUAUCGGUCGUAACUCGACAUUUGCUGGAUUGAAUAAAUCACAAAGGAAUGAAUUGGGUGGUGUAGAAUACAGAGCAAUAAAAUUAUUAUGUAUAAUUAUUGCAGUAUAUUACUUUGGGUUUCAUGUUUGCUCUUUUGUUAUGCUAGUGCCUUGGAUCUCACUAAAGCCUCAUUACAAAAAAAUUGUACGUGAAGAUGGUGUUUCACCAGCUUGGUGGGGGUUUUUUACUGCAAUGAGUGCGUUUAAUGAUUUAGGAUUAACUUUAACACCUGAUUCAAUGAGUUCUUUUAAUUCUGCCAUUUAUCCAUUAUUGGUUAUGGCAUGGUUUAUUAUUAUUGGUAAUACGGGUUUUCCGAUACUGCUAAGAUUUAUCAUUUGGAUUUUAAAGAUAUUUUCACCUGAUUUAUCACAGAUGCAAGAAAGCCUUCAAUUCUUAUUAGAUCAUCCACGUCGUUGUUUUACAUUACUAUUUCCAAGCGGUGCUACAUGGUGGCUGACAAUUAUUUUGGUAGGUAUGAAUUUAACAGAUUUAAUUCUCUUUAUCAUCCUCGAUUUCGAAUCUAACAUUAUUAAACCAUAUUCCACAGGUACGAGAACUUUAAUUGGGUUUUUCCAGGGGGUCAGCACAAGAACAGCGGGAUUUUCUGUAACUGAUAUACGUCAUUUACACCCUGCAAUUCAAGUUGGCUAUAUGCUGAUGAUGUAUAUUUCUGUUAUGCCUGUUGCAAUAUCAUUAAGAAGAACAAAUGUCUACGAAGAACAAUCUUUGGGGAUCUAUGGACAAGGAGAACCUGACACAUCGGAUGAUGAGGGAACCGAAGAAGAUUCUGAAGAGGAAUCGGACGAUAACAAUGAAGAAGAGGAUGACGACGAAGACGACGACGACGAAGAAGAAGAAGAAGAAGAAGAAGAAGAAGAGUAUGAGGAAUAUGAUAAUCUGUCAAGAGCAUCUAGUCAGCGAACUAAAAGGAAGAAGAAGAAAGCUUUAAGAAAAGCUAAAAAGCGUAAAAGAGCCAAAGAAAAAAAAGCAGCGUCACAUAUUGGAACUCAUAUUAUGAUGCAAUUGUCCUUUGAUUUAUGGUUUUUGUUUUUAGGUUUAUUUAUUAUUUGUCUUUGUGAAGGUGGCAAGUUAAAAGAUUCAACAAAACCUGAUUUUGAUAUUUUUUCGGUAUUAUUCGAGAUUGUUAGUGCUUAUGGUACUGUUGGACUUUCCCUUGGCUAUCCAAAUACUAACCAAUCCUUUUCUGCGCAAUUCACGACAUUAUCCAAAUUAAUUAUCAUUGCAUUAUUAAUUAGAGGUAGACAUAGAGGUUUGCCAAAUUCCGUCGAUCGUGCCAUUAUUUUACCAAGUGAAAGAAUGGAACAUAACGAUCAUGUAGCAGCCAUGAAAUUACAAAGAAAAGGACGCACUGAAUCGACAACCGACCCGAUUACUCUAAGUCUCCGUAAGAGAGUUACACAAUUAUCUACUGGCUUUAAGAAUGUGAAGGGUAUAUUUCCAGCGUUUAACGCCAAAGAAAAGUCACCAGUAUCUGAUGUAGAAUUACAAGAUUAUAAUAAUUAUAACCAAUAUGAUGAAGAUCAAUUAAUAACCGAACAACAACAAGAUAAAAGGAGCAGAAAAAGGUCUCGGCCUAUAAAUGCCGAUGAAGAAGAUUCUGGGAGUAAUAGCUUGUGGGGUAAUAAUCCUAACUAUUUUACAACUGCCACCAAUUCAAUUGACUUCAAACCACAACAUUGGACCCAUAGCCAUAACGGGCUAAAUAAUAUUGAAAGCCCUUAUAAUUCUUAUCAAUCAGAAAGUCCUCGCCAUUUAGAAUGA